UGAGCUGAUAAUACCAUGUCUGAAGUACAAGCAACGUUGGAGUUCUCGGUGGAGCUUCAUAAAUUCCAUAAUGUGGACUUAUUCCAGAGAGGGUACUAUCACGUAAGGGCCUCAUUAAAAGUGUCAUCUAGGACACCACACAAGCUGACGGCAUCACUUGUGGGAAAAACAGAUGACACCGGAGCAUAUUCUCCGUGUGUGUACGAUAAUAUUGUGUACAGUCGGAUCCUCCAAAUUCUAUAUAGGAAUGAAGAUAUCGAUAUUAAUGAUGUCAUGUUGUUCAAAGUCCACCUUUUUCUGGAUGGAGAACGGGUAGAAGAUGCUCUUAGCGAAGUGGACUUCCAGCUGAAGUUGGACCUUCAUUUUACGGACUGCGAGCAGCAGCUGAAAGACAUAUCUGCCGUCCCCCUGAUCAGCAGCCGCACUUUAGGUCUUCAUUUUCAUCCGCGAAGAGGUUUGCACCACCAUGUUCCUGUCAUGUUCGACUAUUUCCACUUGUCGGUGAUCUCCAUAACGGUGCACGCUUCACUGCUAGCCUUACAUCAGCCGUUUACCAGUUUUGUUCGUCCGGUAAGAGGCUCCUGGUUAGGAAAAAGCAACCAAGAACUGGCGACAGACCAGACGAGCGUUUCACUCGAGAAUCUGGUCUUUGGAGCUGCGUACUGCAAACCCCCAUCUCCAGAGGGAAAUUGCUAUGUGCCAUCAGAGACAUGCAUCCAACAUGCCUACAAGUGGCACAGAGAUCUUUGCCAGCUGCUGCUGUCUGCACACAAUGGGCUUUCCUCUUACUAUUCCAGCCUUCUAAAGGAAAUACCAAAUUUAUCCCAAGUUGACAUAGAGGAAUUGGUGCCUGAAAAAACUUUGAUCCAGCUCUGCAGCCAACUGCAGUUGCUGGACGGCCCAGACAGAAUAACUGAGCAGAUCAGCAAGGACCUGGCCUGGCUUUGUUCUCAACUUUUAGUCACAUGGUCCAAAUUCCUGGAAAAAGUGACGCUACACCAAGAUUUGACAACCUACCUCAUGCAAGAACACCACACCCUACGGGUAAGGAGAUUUUCAGAAGCCUUUUUCUACACCGAACAUGAAAAACCAGCGGCUCUCACGUUCCAAGAAAGUCUGAUUCAAAGUCACGGUAACUUGUCGUCAGUAGUCAGGAGCUCGGAGUACCUCACCGGCAUGCCUCCUCUACCAGUUGAAUGUCUGGACAUAGAUGGAGACUGGAGUUCUAUUCCCAUUAUCUUCGAAGACAGAUAUGUGGAACAUCCCAAGAUAGCUGAAGAAAAGAAAUAUGAAUCCGAAACCAUCUUGGGCAGUAGUAACAUAAGUGACCACUUCAUCCAGACUACAACAGUGUAUGAAAAUGCAUCUUUUGAAGAAACCAGCCAAUGUGUCCAUGUGCCAGAAGACAUUAGCCCUACCCAGAGCCCGGUACAUAGUUACCAGGAAGCUUUUCAAAAAGCUGAAGGUGUUUCUAAAGUUUUGCAGCUUGGGGCUACAACCAAUGUGCAAGAAUCAAUGCCAGGUGAACCUGAAGUAUCUCAAGAGGAUCCACCUGAACACAAAUCAACAGGUGUUACGUAUAUUGAAGUAAAGCCGAGCACGGUCAACCAGUAUAGAGGAGAACCAGUGUUAAUUGUCAAUGCUUCUCUUCCUAGCCACGGCUCUGCAACAGAUGUAGAGUUUAACCUAAUGGAGGCUGGUCAUGGGUUGGAUGGGCUGACUAAAGAGAGUUUGGAAUCUGAAAGCAUAGCAAUGCUUGACAUGGGAGACUCUAAAGAUAUGCAAAGCUUUAAUAAGAGGAGAUUACAUCAAGGCAUGCACAUACUGUCCAAAAGUAACAGCACAGAGUUAAUAGGUAAAUCUUUGAAGAAGGCGCUUGUAGCAAAUCCUUUUCCUAGUGACAAACUUGACCACUUUUCCUUGUGUUCUGAUGUGAUCAAGCGUUCAUCAUCUUUGAUAUCUGACUCAGGAAUAGAGAGCGAGCCAAGCUCUGUUGCUUGGUGUGAUACCAGCUGUAGGUCAGUAGACCCGGGCAGUGAUAAGCAACUUUUACAGCAGUUAUCUCGAAAGUAUGAUGUGCAUCGAAACUCGCUGGAGGGAGUUCAGACGGAGAGCAACACAAGCUUACCAAGCGGCAUUCAAGCUUCGUUGACUUCCAUUAACUCCUUGCCAUUUGAAGAAGACGAAAGGGAGGUAGAACUUUCCAAACUAACUAAAUCUGUUUCAGCGCCACAAAUAAGUAGCCCUGAGGAGACCACAAAUGAUUUGACUGUGGUAAAAUCUGAGGCUGAGGAGGACAACCAAGACAACAUCUUGGCCAAAGUCAAUGAUGCUGCUAGGACUGAAUCUGAAAUAACUACGGUAAUGUGCAGCGAGAGAUAUUCUCCCAAUGUAACUGUUGAGUCUUCAUACACCAAACCCAUAGUUGAUCGUUCAAUGUCAAAUUCCAACAGCAGCUUAGAGAAUUUGUUAUCUGACCCUGACAAGGUUAUGCUAGACGAUGAUGAGGUCUUUAGACAACCUUUGCUGUGCAAUUCAAAUAUUCAGGAGGAAGAAUGUUUCUCAGAUUGUCUGAGCCCAAGGCCUGGAAAGCUGGACUCAACAUUUUCACUAGAAAUGUUGGUAGAGGAUGACACCUCACAAGCUCAUUUCUCCAAUGUGUCACAAACUAAAAAGGCCAUAGAGGAAUAUUCAUAUUUGCAAGAGAUUGAACUCACUGAAGAUUCAAGUAGUGAACAAUUGCUUGAUAAUUACUCUGGCUCAGAUCAGGAAUUGUUAGAUGUGGACCAUAGGAGUAAAGUGAGCAAAAGCGUGUGCACUCUAUCACAAUCAAGCUCAAGUUCAACCACAGUGUUGACUUCAGAUGGAAGGCGAGUUGUAGAUAUGGUUAACCUCUCCGUUUCCUGUACAGCAACCUGUUUGCCUUUUUCUUCAAUGCAAAAGGACACUCCUGUCAUCCCUGGCUUUACAGCAAAACAAGUGCUGUUCCCAAUAACAAGGCAACCGCUGGGAUCUUUUGGAGUUAUUUCAGCAAAUUCUUCAGAUACUGAUGAAGAAGUUAAUGAACGGAUGCUUAGUUUCCAUCAGGCUAAAGAAAAAUUCAUAGAAGACCUGAAAUUUGAAGGUUUCAUAUACAGUGACCUCUCCAUAUUGGCCUCAGACCUUUAUUAUUUCCCACCAGAAGAAGAACAUCUGGAAGAUGGCAUCCAUCUUGUGAUCUGUGUGCAUGGGUUAGAUGGUAAUAGCGCAGAUCUUCGAUUGGUCAAAACAUUUCUUGAACUAGGGCUACCAAGGGCAAACCUGGACUUCCUUAUGUCUGAAAAAAAUCAGAAUGACACGUUUGCCGACUUUGAUGCGAUGACUGACAGGCUGAUUGAUGAGAUUAUCCAGCACAUACAGCUUUAUAACCUCUCAAUCUCCAGGAUAAGUUUCAUCGGGCACUCGCUGGGAAACAUCAUCAUACGGUCUGUACUCACCCGCCCUCGCUUCCGGUAUUACCUCAACAAGUUGCACACAUUCCUCUCCCUUUCUGGACCCCACCUGGGAACCCUCUAUAGUAACAGCACGUUGGUCAGUACAGGUUUGUGGCUGAUGCAAAAACUGAAGAAGUCCGGCUCACUGCUACAGCUGACGUUCAGGGACAACCCCGACCUGCGGAAAUCUUUCCUGUAUCAACUAAGCCAGAAACCAGGCCUUCAGUAUUUCAAAAAUGUUGUUUUGGUGGCGUCUCCUCAAGAUCGGUAUGUUCCUUUUCACUCAGCAAGGAUUGAAAUGUGCAAAAACGCCAUUAAGGACAAGCAUACAGGUCCCAUCUACACGGAAAUGAUCAACAAUCUUCUACAGCCAGUGAUAGACUCCAAGGACUGCACUCUGAUCAGGCACAACGUUUUCCAUGCCCUGCCAAACACCGCCAACACCUUGAUUGGACGAGCUGCUCACAUCGCUGUGCUGGACUCCGAGCUCUUUUUGGAGAAGUUUUUUCUCGUGGCUGGUCUGAGCUACUUCAAAUAGCACCGGAUUCUAAGAGUAGGGAUUGUCCACUAUACCUGUAAACCAAAAAGUCACCCGAACCAGGAGUGUCUAUACUACUGAAAAACUGAAAUAUCAGC